CUGGGAGUGGGAACAGCGUGCUGCUCCUCCGGCGGACACAGCUCGUUCCCCUCGCCGGGAACCGCCUGGGAGUGCGCGGCUCUGACCGAGAGGGCCUCGCCUGCCCCGAGAGCGGCAGGAAUGUGACCCUUGAGUGCCGGCACCGGAGCACCCCUCGCGUGGCUCCCAGGGCUCCGGUGGCUCCCGGUCUGGGCGGGUUUGGCUCGGAGCUGCUAGAUCUCUGCGCACCCCCACUGGGGCACCCGGGCAAGCCCAGGUAGACACCCCCCUUAAAGAUGCUCUCUCCCUCCUGAGAAGCAGGACCACUCACAUAGGAAGCAGCCUUCUUUGAGGAGAAUAUGAGAGUGCUACUUGGGCUCCUUUGCUCCAUUGUCCCUCUGCUUUCACUGGAGACCGAUGAAUGUAAAGAAUAUCCAAAUCAGAUCAUUUUAUUUUCAUCUGUAAAUGAAAUUGAUAUUCGUGAUUGUCCUCUUACUCCGAAUGAAAAGCAUGACACCAUAAUCUGGUAUAAAAAUGACAGCAAGACACCCAUAUCAGUGGACCAGGACUCCAGGAUUCAUCAGCGAAAUAAACGGCUUUGGUUUGUUCCUGCCAAGAUUGAGGACUCGGGACAUUACUAUUGUAUAUUAAGAAACUCAACUCACUGCCUCAAAACUAAAAUAAAUGUGGAGGUUUUGGAGAAUGAGCCUGGCCUGUGUUAUAACACACAAGCCACCUUCCCCCAGCGUCUCCACAUUGCAGGGGAUGGAAGUCUUGUGUGCCCUUACUUGGAUUUUUUUAAAGAUGAAAAGAAUGAGUUGCCCAAAGUUCAGUGGUAUAAGAAUUGUGAACCACUGCUUCUUGACAACAUAAACUUCAUUGGAAGCAAAAAUAAACUGAUGGUGAGGAAUGUGACUAAAGAGCAUGGAGGGAACUAUACUUGCCAUGUGUCCUACACGUACCUGGGGAAGCAAUAUCCAGUCACCCGAGUGAUACAGUUUGUCACAAUAGGUGAGAGCAAGAGCGACAGGCCUGUGAUAGUGAGCCCACGGAAUGAGACCAUGGAGGCAGACCCAGGAUCCACAAUACAGCUCAUCUGCAAUGUCACAGGCCAGUUAUCGGAUCUUGUCUACUGGAAGUGGAAUGGAUCAGAAAUUGAUGAUCCAGUCCUAGCUGAAGACUUCCAACUCGUGAAACAUCCUUCAUCCAAAAGAAAGUAUACGCUCAUUACAAUACUUAAUAUUUCAGUAGUCCAAAGUCGCUUUUAUCGGUAUCCAUUUAUCUGUUUUGUCAAGAACUCAAAUAUUCAAGAGUCAGCACAUGUCAAAUUAAUAUGUCCAGUCCCUGAUUUCAAGAAUUACAUCAUUGGGACCUUUGUCAUCUUAACAGCUACAAUUGUAUGGUGUGUUUUCAUCUAUAAAAUCUUCAAGGUUGACAUUGUGCUUUGGUACAGGGAUUCUUGCUCUGAUUUCCUCCCCCCAAAAGCUUCCGACGGAAAGGCCUAUGAUGCCUAUAUUCUCUAUCCCAAGACUUUCGGAGAAGGAUCCUCCUCAAACUUAGAUACUUUUGUGUUUAAACUGUUGCCUGAGGUCUUGGAGGGACAGUUUGGAUAUAAGCUGUUCAUCUGUGGAAGGGACGACUAUGCUGGUGAAGAUAUCAUCGAGGUUACUAAUGAAAAUGUAAAGAAAAGCAGGAGGCUGAUUAUCAUUUUAAUGAGAUAUAUGGGUGACUUCAGCUGGCUGGGUCACUCAUCUGAAGAGCAAAUAGCACUAUAUAAUGCUCUCACCCGGGAAGGAAUUAAAAUUGUCCUGCUUGAGUUGGAGAACAUCCAAGACUAUGAGAAAAUGCCAGAAUCUAUUCAAUUCAUUAAGCGGAAACAAGGAGCCAUUCGCUGGUCAGGGGACUUUAAAGAGAGGCCACAAUCUGCAAAGACCAGGUUCUGGAAGAACGUGAGAUACCACAUGCCGGCCCAGCGUCAGUCUCCGAUGUCCAGACACCAUUUACUAAGCCUGGACACCAAGGAGAAAAUGCAGGCAGAGACUCAUUUACCUCUCAGCUAGCAUGACAGAAGUGGACCAAGAACUUUGGGAUGCCUUCUGUCGUAGGAUGCUGCAGCUGGGCUGCGCCUCCCAGUUAUGUGUUCUGUCAUGAAAUGCACCUCCGUAGUCCCUUAUCGCCGGGUCACCUGGAAUCAGAACAUUAAGGGAAUAGGACUUGGUGACAAUAGUGGGCUAGGACAGUUCGGAUCGAGAGUUUGGGAAGCUCCAGGGCAAUGGAUGCUCAGGGAUGCUGCUCUGGAGGCUUACUCGCUGUUGAGGCAGUGAACUGGGAGGAUUAAGCUUCAGGAAAUGGCCACAUCUGUGGGUGGUUUAAUCAAUUCUCUGCAGCCUUACAGUGGGACUGUGGCUGUGUUGGGGGUCAUUGGUGAAGAAGUGGCUCCCCUAAGCCUCAAUGCAGGUGAGGUUUACUGACACCCCACAGUAGAAGGCAUAACUUCCUUGCAUUUUCCAGACCCUUUGACCACCAAACUUAGUUUUCAAAGACUAAACUUUACUUUAUAGACCUCGAAAACUGUCAUUUCAAUGAAGAAGGAUUCUCUGGGGUUCCCUCCACUGCAGCCACCUUAUCUUUCUGCAGAAGAGAGUGGGUUUUUAAAGUUAACUGUAGAAGGAAGCCGCCCACAACUUUCUUCUGUUCACACGUCCUCUCUGGAAGGACUGUUGCCUCGUCCUUAUUCUUGUGCAUUUUACUUAUUGCUUCUCUGGACCUGCAGCUCUGCAGUGCCGCCUCCCUCCACUCUGCCCCAAGCAUAGCCCGAGGAUUCACCCUUAUGCAUGAGACUGGUCUUACCUCACGCCCUGGUGCCCCAGCACGUCUGCAGGCUCUUCUUCGUGUGCAGAAGCUGAAGUCUGCACAGCCUUCCUCUCUGUCUUGUCUCCCGUCAGCCUGCUGGUCACCAUCCUGCUGUGUGACCGCAGAACAGCCUGUGGAGCCUUUAUGUCGGCUGGCUCUCAGCACACCUCCAUCUUUGCCUUGCUCCCCACUUCCUGUGACUAGGAU